AUGAGAUGGCAUGUAGAAGGACGUGUUGACGAUCCGACAUGCAUGCGACAUCCAUCGGAUUCUAGGGUUUGGAAGGACUUUGAUAUCAAACAUCAUAUGUUUUCCCAAGAUCCUUGGAAUGUUAGACUUGGUUUGGCCAGUGAUGGAUUUAAUCCUUUCAAUAACAUGAGUAGACCAUACAACAUUUGGCCCGUACUGCUUGUACCUUACAACUUGCCCCCAUGGUCAUGCAUGAAAGAUCCAUACACCAUGUUGUCGUUGCUAAUCCCUGGGCCUAAGUCACCAGGUAAUGAUAUUGAUGUGUUCUUGCGUCCUCUCAUCGAUGAGUUGAAGGAGUUAUGGGAAGAGGGUGUUCGUACCUAUGAUGCGUACAGUGGGCAAAACUUUACACUGCAUGCAGCUCUACUUUGGACUAUCAAUGACUUCCCUGCAUACGCCAAUCUUUCCGGGUGGAGUACAAAAGGCAAGAUGGCAUGCCCAUAUUGUACAGCUGACACAAAUUCACAAUGGUUGGUAUAUGGCUGCAAACAUUGCUACAUGGGUCAUCGACGAUGGUUGCCCGUAGGGCACACAUGGAGACGCAAAAAAAAUGCGUUUAAUGGGUUUGAAGAGCACAAACUCCAACCAUCAAGAGUCGAUGGAAACGAAUUGCUUGAACAACUAAGUCUGAUAUCACAUGUUGAGUUUGGUAAAUCUACUUCAAAGAGGAAACGAAUGCCCAAUCAGCUAAAUUGGACCAAAAAAUCCAUAUUUUUUGAACUUCCCUAUUGGUUAUCCUUGGGUUUGAGACAUAACCUGGAUGUUAUGCAUAUUGAGAAAAACAUAUGCGAUAACGUCUUGGGAACAUUAUUGAAUAUUGAAGGGAAAACUAAGGACUCUGCCAAUGCGCGUAGGGAUUUGGCAAACCUUGGAAUAAGGAAAGAGUUGCACUUACAACAUGAGGGCGAUCGUGUAACUAUGGGCCUUGGUUGCUGCAUGUUAAAUGGAAAUGAGCGAAAGGCUUUUUGUGCAUGGUUGUCAAAAGUUAAAUUCCCUGAUGAGUUUGCCUCGAAUAUAGGUCGGUGUGUAAAUGCCAAUGACGGAAAGAUCAGUGGAAUGAAGAGCCAUGACUGUCAUGUCUUUUUGCAAGCACUGCUGCCGGUUGUGAUUGGUGGGUUCUUACGAGCCGAUGUGCGUCAAGCAUUGAUAGAGUUGAGUGGCUUCUUCAAAGAGUUAUGUUCCCGGACUUUGAACAUAUCAGUAUUGGAUCGUCUUAAAGCUAAUAUCCCCAUCAUUCUAUGCAAACUAGAAAUGAUAUUCCCUCCAGCUUUUUUUGAUAUAAUGCUGCACCUUUCUAUUCACUUGCCAGAGGAGGCUCUACUAGCAGGACCCGUGCAAUACAGAUGGAUGUAUACCUUUGAGAGGUAUCUAGGGAAGUUCAAGCGUUACGUCCGCAACAGAGCCCGUCCUGAAGGCUCAAUUGCUGAGGCAUAUGUGCAUCUCGAGUGCCUAACAUUUUGCUCAAUGUACCUCCAUGAUAUAGAAACGAAAUUUAAUCGGGAUGAAUGCAAUAGUGAUGUACUUAUUGGUUCGGUUGAGACGGGAAAUGCGGAAAGUUUAUCUGCUUUCUCACAAAAGGUUAGACCAUUGGAGACACCGCACUCGCACAUAUUACCCGACUCACUUUUGAGCAAGGCCCGAUGGACGCACUAUAAUAAGAUGAAAGAAGAGGACCCUGAUAACAUCGACCGUAGGCACCAGAGUCAGUUUCCAUUGUGGUUUAGAUCACUCAUUCGAGAGCUGCGUGCAGUUAGCCCAACUGAGGUAACCGAUGAGAUAUAUGCAUUAGCAUGUGGUCCAGAUCCGUGUGUAGCGUCUUAUGCCGGAUGCAUAAUGAAUGGUGUUCGAUUUCAUACUCAAGAGCAUGAAAGGCAUCUGCGCACUCAAAACUGUGGGGUUGUUGUUCAUGGCGAGCAUCAGGGGUCCCCAGUUGAAUUCUACGGUUUGUUGCAUGAUAUUAUAGAAAUACGCUACAUGGGUUGGCAUAAGGUUUAUCUAUUUCAAUGCACUUGGUAUGAUGUUGGGGACCCGAGAAGGGGGAUACGUGUAAGGGACCAUCUAACUUUAGUGAAUACUGGUAGGCAAUUGUAUAAAGAUGAGCCGUUUGCCCUUGCGAGCCAAGCGACGCAAGUCUUUUAUUUGCCUGAUCCGAUUUUGGGUGGAAGUUGGCAGGUAGUUCAAAAGGUUACAAUUAGGAAUGUUUACAACAUCCCUCCUGUAGUUGUGGCCCCAGAUGAUGAUGAUUCAGACAUGGGUGAUUUUGAGGAUGAGGAGCACAAUAUUCACUCCAACUAUCCCCCUAUCCUCAAUGUCGAUGAAGCCAUCUUUGAUCCCUUGAACCGAGUCGAUGAAGAGAAUUUGCCUGUAGACGUAGAACACCUCUCGCGUCUUCAACCGUCCCAACCAGUUGACGAUGAUGUCUUGCAUGACCAUAGCCCAAUUCGUGAAGACAUGGGAAUGGAGGACUUAAGUGCCAACGAUAACUCUGAUACCGAGACCGUGGAUCAUCUAAAUGGGGGGACAGAUGAUGAUGACGGUAAUCCAUAUUUGUUAGUUUGUUAG